AUGCCUACCAGCGUCGCAGCUGUCGCAUCUACCUCUAGGAAUAACCACAAGCGACCCAAGGGGAGACAGAGGGAGAGAUAUGUCGACGACCCACGGGAUUCAGAGGGGGCUCAUCUUUUGGCUGGCCAUUAUGAUCAGGGGGAGGAAGGGGAGGAGGAAGAGGAGCAGCCCCAGCACAUUCCAGUCACGCCCCACAAGGACGUUGGCAAGGACAAAUCGAGGACGAUACCUUUCAACCCACCGGAGAAACUCCAGUCCCGCCAUCCACCCAACAUUGUACGGAAUCAAAAGUACAACGCGUUUACCUUCCUCCCUAUCGUGUUCUAUGAACAGUUCAAGUUUUUCUUCAACUUGUAUUUCCUUCUAGUUGCCUUGUCGCAAUUUAUACCCGCACUUAAGAUUGGUUUUAUCGUUACUUAUAUCGCCCCCCUCGCCUUUGUCCUGUGUGUAACCAUGGGGAAGGAAGCCUAUGACGACUACAAACGACACAUGCGAGACACGGAAGCCAAUUCCCAACGCUACCUCGUCCUUGACCGACCCACCACGCAUGACGAGUCUUCUUUAGAGGAGGUCUAUCUGAAUACACACGCGAACACGCGUUCCGUGCCCUCGUCAUCUCUCCGCGUGGGCGACCUCGUUCACUUGGAGAAGAAUCAGCGCGUUCCUGCUGACCUUAUCCUCCUUCGCACUUCGGACGCAUCGGGGACGUGUUUUAUCCGAACAGACCAACUGGACGGUGAGACGGACUGGAAGUUGCGUGUUGCUGUUCCGGAAUGCCAGAAGCUGGAUGAGGGGGAUUUGGUUAGGCUGGAUGCGGAGAUAUACGCUGAUGCACCGAUCAAGGAUAUCCAUUCUUUUAUAGGGACUUUUACUUUGAACAAGCCACCCAACCUCCUUUGGUCAAAUACCGUACUCGCUGCUGGAUCUGCCGUCGGUUUUGUCGUGUACACUGGUGCUGAAACGCGCGCCGUUAUGAAUACGAGUCACCCAAAGACGAAAGUUGGACUAUUGGAUCUGGAGAUCAACAGAUUGUCCAAGAUCUUGUGCGCCGUUACCUUUGUGCUCUCAGUGGUUCUCGUAGCACUGAAUGGGUUCCGAGGGCCUUGGUAUAUCUACGUCUUCCGGUUCUUGAUUUUGUUCUCCUCCAUCAUCCCGAUUAGUUUACGAGUGAACUUGGACAUGGGCAAAACGGUGUAUGCAUCACAAAUCAUGAAUGACAGUGAGAUUCCGAAUACUAUCGUCCGGACGAGUACGCUACCGGAAGAGUUGGGGAGGAUAACUUACCUCCUCAGCGAUAAGACGGGAACUUUGACGCAGAACGAAAUGGAGAUGAAGAAGCUGCACAUGGGAACCAUGUCGUAUGGGUCUGAUUCGAUGGACGAGGUUGCUCAUCAACAAGGAUCCCUGUCUACUGGAGCGCAAAUGGCUACGAGAGGGCGAAGAGACAUGUCCUCGCGAGUAAGAGAUGUCGUCCUCAGUCUUGCUCUCUGUCACAACGUCACCCCUGUCACCAAUGAUGACGGCACCGUGACGUAUCAAGCGUCUUCGCCAGACGAAGUCGCCAUCGUCACUUGGACGGCGUCUGUUGGCCUCACUCUCGUCUUUCGAGACCGCACGCGCAUGGAGCUACAAACUCCCUCGGGGUCACUCAUCAAGUUUGAUGUCCUCGACAUAUUCCCCUUUACCUCCGAGUCCAAACGCAUGGGCAUCGUCGUGCGUGAUUCUCAAACAGGCGAAAUUACCUUUUUACAAAAAGGUGCAGACGUGGUCAUGGCAAAGAUCGUGCAGCGGAACGAUUGGUUGGAGGAGGAGACGGCGAAUAUGGCCAGGGAGGGGCUGCGUACCCUUGUUGUGGCUCGGAAGCGGCUCAGCACACCGAUGUACAAUGAGUUUGCGGCGCGGUAUCAUGAAGCGACGAUUAAGCUUGAUGGGAGAAACGAGGCCAUGGCGGGUGUUGUUGCCGAGUAUCUGGAGCAUGAUUUGGAGCUGUUGGGUCUGACGGGCGUGGAGGAUAAACUUCAGGAUGACGUUAAAUCUACGUUGGAGUUGUUGAGGAAUGCGGGGAUCAAGAUCUGGAUGUUGACUGGGGAUAAGGUUGAGACGGCGAGGUGUAUCGCGAUUUCAACGAAGCUGGUCGCGAGGAAUCAGUAUAUCCACGAGAUGUCCAAGCUGAAGAAUUCUGAUCAAGCGCGAGACCAGCUGGAGUUUCUUCAGAAUAAACUGGAUUGCUGUCUGGUCAUUGAUGGGGAGUCGUUGCAGCUCUGCCUCAACCUCUUCCAAAACGAGUUCAUAGAGAUCGCGACAAAGUUGUCCGCUGUUGUAGCAUGUCGUUGUUCGCCGACACAAAAAGCGGACGUGGCGCGGCUAAUUCGAAAGUUCACGAAGAAGAGGGUAUGCUGCAUUGGUGACGGCGGUAACGACGUUAGUAUGAUUCAAGCAGCGGAUGUCGGCGUCGGGAUCGUCGGCAAAGAAGGCAAACAAGCCUCCCUCGCAGCAGACUUUUCCGUUACGCAGUUCAGCUUCCUCACGAAACUUCUCCUGUGGCAUGGUCGAAAUUCAUACAGGCGUUCAGCCAAGCUUGCCCAAUUCGUCAUUCAUCGUGGCCUCAUCAUCUCCGUUAUGCAAGCUGUGUUUUCGGCCAUCUUCUACUUUGCGCCGAUUGCCCUGUAUCAGGGAUGGCUGAUGGUGGGGUAUGCGACGAUAUAUACAAUGGCUCCCGUGUUUUCCUUGGUUCUUGAUCGGGAUGUUAGCGAGGAUUUGGCACUGCUUUAUCCCGAGCUCUAUAAAGAACUGACAAAAGGACGUGCUUUAUCCUACAAAACCUUCUUCCAGUGGUUGAUGAUCAGCCUUUACCAAGGUGCUGCUAUCAUGAUUAUGUCCCUUGUUCUGUUUGAGAAUGAGUUUCUGCAUAUUGUUUCAAUUUCAUUCACCGCUCUUAUUCUGAAUGAACUUAUUAUGGUUGCAUUGGAGAUCACUACAUGGCAUAUUUAUAUGAUUGUUUCUGAGGUUGUUACCCUCUUCUUCUACAUUAUCAGCAUUGCCUUCCUGCCAGAAUACUUUGAUCUGUCAUUUGUUGUUUCUCUUGGUUUUGGAUGGAAAGUGGCAGUUAUUGUUGCCAUAAGCACCCUUCCUCUAUACAUCAUCAAGCUCAUUCACAUGAGACUAGCACCUGCAGCAUCAAGUAAACUUUUGUAG